UGAGGAAGGGUGUGGGAUUGCGAAGAAUCAUUUUCAUUCUACCAUAGUGCGUUCUGACUCCACGAAUUUCUGAGGGUCCACAGGAGAGUCAUUAAGUUGCGUAUGGUUUAGCUAGCCUACACACCAUAGGAGUUGCCCUUGAAAAACUUUGUUGUUGUUUGAGUUGUGGAUGGGGUGCGAAAAACCAAAAGCUGGUUUUGCCUGAAAAACAAAGGAGGCUUCGAACACUGAUUGUUUCGAUUCUCCAACUAGCUGAUUUUUAAAAGAUUUUGUCCUUGAAACUUUCUCAAGUAGCCAAAAUCUUCAUCAUCUCUUAAGAUACCACUAAUUGCUAAUGUUAUCUAUAACCAGGAAGUUGCAGAGAUUAACUCAGCUUCAAGGAAACCCAUUUCUCCAUCCACAUGUACUACCAAUAGCAGAAACCCAGCAGCAAAUACAGCAGCUUCGGUGUUAUAUGGAUGGCAGUGGUGGUGAUGUUGGUCCCUAUUCUUCAUCAUCAGCACCUUCAACUGCAAAGAGAAGGACUAAGAAAAAUCCAGUGGUAUCGAUGAAAAAUAAGAAUUUAAAAGGUGAUAAAUCAGAAUGGUGGGUUAUUGAUGGUGAAAUGCAUGAAAUUGGUGAACAUAUUCCUCCUAGAGAACGUUUUGUUAUACCUAGAGAUAAUCUUCCUAAUAAGCGUCGUAAACAAAUGCGCGAACAGUUCAUGCGUCGUACUCGUCUCGUUCUUAAGGAACAGGAACACGAACCUUUUUGCAAAAGGUAUAUGGAACUAUAUCAGGAGCUAAGAGAGAACUGGGAAAGGUUGUACUGGGAUGAAGGCUAUUCCAAGAAACUUGCCAAAGAUCACGCGGAUUAUGAAUCUGGUGACGAGGAUGAUCAGGACUUUUCGCCCUACAGGAGACAACGGUCCAACUACCAAAUUAAGGACCAAGGUUUGGGAGCUGGUAGACAAGGUGACAAUACUUUACAAAAGGCUGGGCGAAUCCGAGAUAAGUUUGAUUAUGAUAGGGAGAGAAGAAUGAGGGACAAAGCAUUUGCUCCUAUGAAUGGUGGAAGUGGUUCCGACUUCCGUGAUUCAGCUGCAUCCAGGGAUAGACCAUUUGAUGCUCAGAGAUACUUCCCAGAGUCGGAGAGAGGUUAAACUGAGGACUUCAAAUUUCUGCAUUUCGUGAUGUCAGCUGUUGUCCCACACUCUCACUGCAACGCUGCCAUUCGUGAAUCCUCAUAGAACACCAUCCAAGAAUUCCAGACAACAAGUAACCACGUCUCCCUUAAGUGCCCUACUUUCUUUACUUGAUGAUUUUGAUAUGUUACAAAUAUCCCCACACUGGCCAAGCUGUAUAACACUAUUUAUAAAAUUGUGCCGCUGGCCGUGUGUUGUUAAGGGAUCUCAAGUUCAAGUCUCUCAACAAUGGUGUUUGAAAUCCUCAGCUGACUCAUGUGGUGGCAAACUAUCAAACAGCAAGUCUACUUAACUCAGGCUUGGCAAACAAUAAUGUUUUUCUGAUCGGCUUGGCAAACAAUAAUGUUAUCGAUUCGUAUAGUGACA